UUGAGAGAGCAUAGCAGAAAUGAGAAGUAACACUCUUUCUCUCCUUUGCCUUCUUUCUCUUGCUACCCUUUUGGGUGUUAAUGGCGCUGCAGCUGUAGCUCCAACUGUUGUGCCAAGACACGAUCUUUCAUCCUUCAACAAAACCCUUUUUCCUUCAACUUUUGUCUUUGGAAUCGGUUCUUCUGCUUAUCAGGCAGAAGGUGCAGCAAAUGUAGAUGGCAGAGGACCAUGUAUAUGGGAUACCUACACCCAACAGCACCCAGACAAAAUUUGGGAUCACAGCAGUGGUGAUGUGGGAGCUGAUUUUUAUCAUCGCUACAAGGAAGACAUAAAACUCGUGAAAGAAAUUGGGUUGGAUUCUUACAGAUUCUCCAUCUCUUGGACAAGAAUAUUUCCAAAGGGCAGGGACGUUGUUAACCCCUUGGGUGUUAAAUUCUACAACAACCUCAUCAAUGAGAUCCACGCAAACGGUUUAUUUCCUUUUGUCACUCUUUUUCAUUGGGACUUUCCACAAGCUCUUGAAGAUGAGUAUGGAGGAUUUAGAAGUCAUAAAGUAGUGGAGGAUUUUCGUAAAUAUGCUGACUUUUGCUUCAAGACUUUCGGAGAUCGAGUGAAACAUUGGGUGACUCUGAAUGAACCCUUAUCAUAUAGUCUGUUUGGUUAUGGCGGUGGAACCUUUGCACCAGGUAGAUGUUCUAAAUACGUUGGGAAUUGCAAUGCUGGUGACUCAGCCACUGAACCCUACAUCGUUGGUCACAACCUCUUACUUGCUCAUGAGUCUGCUGCCACCUUGUACAAGAGAAAAUACCAGGCUCGUCAAAAAGGAAAAAUUGGGAUCACCAUACCAACUCACUUCUUUCUGCCAAAAUCUAACACUGCUGCUGAUAACAAGGCUGCAAGCAGAGCUCUGGAUUUUUUCUUUGGUUGCCUGGACUCAAUUAUGGGACAAAGGCACGUUGAGAAUUCAACUUUGAGUCCAAAUCUUACCAUAAUAAAAAUAAGAAGGUAUGCUCAUCCGGUUACAUAUGGUGACUAUCCUGAAAGUAUGAGAUCUUCAGUGGGAGCUAGACUCCCUGCUUUCACAAAAGCCGAAUCAGAAGGCCUAAAAAAUUCCAUUGAUUUUCUUGGUGUGAAUUAUUACACCACAUAUUAUGCAGAACAUGCUGCACCAGUCACCACCAACAGGACCUUCUACACAGAUAUACUAGCUACUCUCACCACGGAAAGGAAUGGCCUAUUAGUUGGACCAAAGACUGAUCUGAAUUGGCUCUUUAUCUAUCCCAAGGGAAUUCAUCAUCUUAUGUUACACAUAAGGGACCAAUACAAAAAUCCAGAUGUUUACAUCACAGAAAAUGGAAUUGCUGAAUCAAGGAAUGACUCCAUACCAGUGGAUGAAGCACGCAAAGAUGCAAUAAGAAUUAGAUACCAUAAUGGCCAUCUCCAAUUCCUUCUUCAAGCCAUCAAAGACGGUGUUAAUGUGAAGGGUUACUAUGCAUGGUCAUUUUCUGACAGCUUUGAAUGGGAUGCUGGUUACACAGUUAGAUUUGGCCUCAUAUAUGUGGAUUACAAGAACAAUUUGAAAAGAUACCCCAAGUUCUCUGCUUUUUGGCUGAAAAAGUUCCUUCUCGGCUGAUCUAUUGUUUCUUUGACAUGUCUAGUGUUUUUCUUGUUUACACUUCUGUUGUGGGUAAUCAAGAAAUAGUUGUUAUCAAAUAAAUAGUGCAAUAGCAUGUCAAUGUAUUAUACCACCAGUUCAUAAGGGUGGCCGUGAGUUCUAGAGGUUCAUUGUGUGAGGAAAUUGCUAAUAAUAAUCCUAUCUCUUUUUAUAA